AUGGAUAUCACACGUGAGCUCUGCAUGAAAGCACAACUGGCCCUGCUGCCGGAAAGCGCUUAUAAUCAACUCUUGAAUGCAUUAGAUGUGUUGGAUCCACAAGAGGUGUUCGAUCUACUCACAUUCGCCCCGACCAGCUUCUACCGACCCCCACUGGUGCGGGAAUACUUCGACCAGUUGCGUAAUCUGUCCAGUCCGAGUGAGUGUGCCCGGACGUGUGGCAAUCCGACCGAUCACUUUUUUCGUAAAUGUUGCGCACCACUAUGUGAAAUUUUCCGAUUGCUGGAAACAUUGAAGAAGGGUAUCAGUGGAAUCCUGACAGAUCAAGUGAUCGAGGAGGUGUACCAUCAAAUCAUCCCGGAGACAGCUUUGAUGUCCGAUCGACAGCAUGUGGUGGUGAUUGGGCCAACGGCAGAAAUGUUGAAACAAUACGCCGAAAAUAGCGAACUCACAGUUCAGAAUCGAAAAAAUGAGUGGACUGCUGAACAGGUCGAAUGCGCCUAUCUGUACGAUCUACUUCGUGGUCGAUUCGAUCGAUAUCAACGUGAACGGCCUUUGCCACCUGUAUUGAUCGCAUUGGCCGAGUCAGGUUGUGAUAAAGCUUACGAAUUAUCCGGAUUUGUCUAUCGAUUGCCGACGGAAACGCACAUAUUGUUGAAAUAUCUGUACGCAAUUCACGAGUGGAACAAUACCGAUCAGACCGACAUGGACCGACCACGAUGA